GCCAGGCGGGAGGCGGCCGCCCAGGCAGAACGGGCCUGGCUACGCCAUUGGCGUAACCCCCGCUAGGCGGGAAACCUCGCCGCGAGGCCCCCGCGCGGCUCGUUCUAGAAGCGGCCCCCGGCCGCCUGUAGGUGUCCGCGCCGUCCGCCUGCACGGGGUUAGUGCCGCUUUCGGGCAGCAGGCGCGGGGAGGGCAGCCGCUCGGCGUGACGUCACGCGGGGCGCCGGCUGGAAGGACCCGGGCGCCUCCUGAGGGUGGCGGCGGCGGCGCCUUCUGGAAGGUUCGCGACCAUCCGCCGCCAUCCGCGGCUCAUCCGUGUCCGCCCGCCUCCCUCCGAGCCCAUCCGAGCCCGCCGUUGCCCACCCGAGGCGGGGCGGCCGUUACCGCAGCGUCGCCGUGCCCGCGGGCCCAUCGGCGGCCAGCGACGAUGCCGGAGAACGCGGGACCCAAGGGCCACGGCCACGGCGGCGGCGGCGGGAGCCGGGCCAAGGGCACGUACCAGGACCGCGACAAGCCCGCCCAGAUCCGCAACAGCAACAUCGCCGCCGGCAAGGCUGUUGCUGAUGCCAUCAGAACGAGCCUCGGACCAAAAGGAAUGGAUAAAAUGAUCCAGGAUGCUAAAGGAGACGUAACGAUCACUAAUGAUGGUGCUACUAUCCUGAAACAAAUGCAGGUUUUGCACCCUGCUGCCAAAAUGUUGGUAGAGCUGUCAAAAGCACAAGAUAUUGAAGCUGGUGAUGGCACUACGUCUGUUGUUGUCAUUGCUGGAGCUCUUCUGGAUGCCUGUUCCAGACUCCUUCAGAAAGGAAUUCACCCCACCAUCAUUUCUGAGUCAUUCCAGAAAGCUUUGGAAAAAGGUAUCGAAGUGUUGACCAACAUGGCACAGCCAGUUGAACUGAGUGACAGAGAAACCUUACUAAAUAGCGCAACUACUUCGCUGAACUCAAAGGUUGUGUGUCAGUAUUCUAGUUUACUUUCUCCCAUGAGUGUGGAUGCAGUGAUGAAGGUGAUCGAUCCAUCUACAGCUAGCAGCGUGGACCUCAGAGAUAUUAAAAUUGUUAAGAAGUUGGGCGGAACAAUUGAUGAUUGUGAACUGGUUGAAGGACUGGUCCUGACUCAGAAGGUGGCGAAUACAGGGGUGACUAGAGUGGAGAAAGCCAAAAUUGGCCUAAUUCAGUUCUGCCUCUCUGCUCCAAAGACAGAUAUGGACAACCAAAUUGUUGUUUCGGAUUAUGCUCAAAUGGACAGAGUACUGCGUGAAGAGAGAGCUUAUAUUCUCAACUUAGUUAAACAAAUUAAGAAGGCUGGAUGCAAUGUGUUGCUGAUUCAGAAAUCUAUUCUGAGGGAUGCUCUUAGUGACCUAGCCCUACAUUUUCUGAACAAAAUGAAGAUCAUGGUGGUUAAAGACAUAGAAAGAGAAGACAUUGAAUUUAUAUGUAAGACGAUUGGAACUAAGCCUGUUGCUCACAUUGACCAAUUUACUCCUGACAUGCUGGGGUCUGCUGAGCUGGCAGAGGAAGUCAACUUGAACAGUUCUGGGAAACUAAUAAAGAUCACAGGCUGUACAAACCCUGGAAAAACUGUAACCAUUGUGGUACGUGGAUCCAACAAACUUGUUCUAGAAGAAGCUGAGCGUUCAAUUCAUGAUGCCUUGUGUGUCAUUAGAUGCUUAGUUAAGAAAAGAGCUUUAAUUGCAGGAGGUGGAGCACCAGAGAUAGAGUUGGCGCUGCGCUUGAAUGAGUAUGCUCGCACUUUGAGAGGUAUGGACUCAUAUUGUGUCCGUGCGUAUGGAGACGCGCUGGAGGUCAUACCAUCCACACUGGCUGAAAAUGCAGGCCUCAAUCCUAUUUCAACGGUGACAGAGCUGAGAAACAGACAUGCUCAAGGAGAGAAAACAGCUGGCAUUAAUGUCAGAAAGGGUGGCAUUUCCAACAUCUUGGAGGAGCUGGUAGUCCAACCACUGCUAGUGUCUGUCAGUGCACUGACUCUUGCCACAGAAACUGUGCGCAGUAUUCUAAAGAUUGAUGAUGUGGUAAACACUCGGUAAGCUGAAUAAUGGAAGUUGGAACCGUGCUCCAGAGCUCCUUCUGUGUAGUCUGAAAUGUGGUUUCCCCACCAAAAGCGCCUGUGUGAAUUGUCUUAAAAAGUCCACAAAGGCUUAUGUACUUUUGUCACAUUAAUUUAAUAAAGUUUCUGGUUUCAACAAGGAA